AUGAUUUUAUUUCUUUUCAGCGACAAACAACUAAACACCACUGCCCGUGCGAUGGAAACGCUCGAAGCACGUUUAUUUCACAUACUCGAAACGAAUCCUGAUUCUGACGAGAUCCUGAAACUAAUUGAACAAGGCGUCGAUUGUAAUUUAUCUAAAUUCGAUUCAAAUACCGACGGUUUUAUCUCACCUAUUGAGUUAGCAGAGAAACAACAUGCGCAUCGUGCACUAUGUUAUCUUUAUGAACAUCGCAAUAGCCCCACCAAAGCGCAACUAGAAAAACAUCUGGUAUUUUAUAUCAAUCACUACGAUUUACUUCAAGAGGAAAAGAAUCAAUUAGCUCUGGAAUACAUUGUCAGCCAUCUUCUUCACAAAGAUAUUCUUGAAUUUUAUCCAGAACACUUUUUAAUUUUUAUCAACGCUCUCAACAAUAUCGAUGGUGCCACACGACGUGGAAUAGAUUUAAGUGGCGGGAUUACAUACAGCAUUGUUCUUUCAGUGCGUAUUUUCACUCUGGUUCGGUAUAUCGUCAAAAUGCAUACGGAUUUCCCGUUAAUUCUUGACUGCGAAAAACUAACGGUUGCUGAAAAUGAACUUCUUCAUACUUUAGAAGCAUACUAUUAUUUGUAUGAUGUUGAUAAAAUUCCAGGACCAAUACCGGAAAAUUUGGAUAUAGAUGAGAUAAAUAAGAAUCAAUCAUCACCACUUAUAGAAAAUUAUCAAUGCAUUGCAAACAAUAUCAUCAAGAAGAUAAAGCAACUUGACCUAAAUCAAGAAUAUACCAUCCUUACUGGUUGGAACGCGCAUGCGGUAUGCAUUUCCUUUCGGAGUAUUAGCCCAGACCACAUUUAUAUUAGAGUUGAUAAUCCUAGCCACGAAAAUCCACCAGGCAAGCAUAGCACCUCAACUGUUGCGGGAAAAAAUUAUCUAGCAAUCGAACCAAAAAUACUUGGCCGAUUGAAAAAAAGUGAUUUGGAUUUUAAUUUGAAUUAUUUCAUUUUACUGAUCGAUAGCUGUGCACGGGAACUAGAAGAGAAUGAUGGCAUUUCGCUAAUUUAUAAUGAAAAAGAUCAAAUUGUUCAUCUCGAUAGAGAAAACAUUGAGAGUAUACCGUACUUCGAUGAGCAAGCGGAAAACAAUUGUGCUGUCAAAAGCUGGGAAAUUGGUUUUCGUAUGCGCCUCCAAGAAAGUCGAAAGGAAUUUUGCGAAAGUUUAUUGUCAUUCGAUCAAGAUAACGCAUAUAAUCUUUCAAAACGUUCUAAAGACAAGCGUCAGAGUGACCCGGUCAGCACGCUUUAUCGUUUCGCUUCAUUAGCCAAGAUUGACGACGGAAAAAAAUUGUCAAUCGAGCACAUUAGGCAGCUUCAGAACGGACUCAGAAAGUCUUAUGAACGGCAUUUACAACACCUUUCAAGUAUCUUGGUUAGUGGAAGUUUCCAAUCUACAACAGAGGCAUAUAUUCCUUUAACAUUCGAGGAAGAUGGUACACCAAUCGAUCUAGUUAGUUUCUUCGCUAACACUCGUGUUUUAGUACUUGGUGAAGUCGGUAGUGGUAAGACAACAGCUUGUCAACAUGUGACAUAUUUAUGGGCUUGUGAGGAGAUAUGGCAAAAUAAAUUCAAAUGGUUAUUUCAUAUUAAAAUGCGAAACUUGAAUUCUAAACGUUAUCCGCCCAUGCAACACACCGGCUAUUCGUUGGUCGAUAUUAUCGAAAAGGAAUGUUUUUUGGAAUACGCGCUUAGUGGCUUAGGUAAACUUGAAUUGAACUCUCAAUUAGCCAACUCGUCAAAUAUCCUUUGGGUUCUUGACGGAUUAGAUGAGCGAACAAUUCCAGAUCAUUUGCAUUCGAUCGAAGAAGAAUUAUUAGCAAAACCACAUUUACUUUUGACAUCUCGGCCAUGUGAAUCCUAUGAUUUUGAGUAUGAUAUCUGUGCCCAUGUUCAAAGUUUCACAGAUCAAGAUAUUCAGAAUUAUAUAAACAAACACUUUUCUAUUAUGUUUCGAACAACAGCAAAUCAAUGUUGGUCAUUUAUUCACAAAUCUGAACAACUAUUAGAAACCGCACGCAUUCCUACGUGUUUGGAAGUUAUCUGUCAUUUAUGGGACAAUGGAAAAGUAAAGUUGAAUUCUGAAGCAACAAUGGGACAACUCUAUCAAAAAAUGUGCGAAUAUUUACUGCGGCGAUAUCUACUCAAAUUUCACGGCCUGUGCACAUCCGCUCUUGUUGGUCGAAAUAUUUAUCAAGAAGCGAAUGCUAAAGCUUUCACUCAUUUGGAACGUCUAGCCUUUCAAGCUACAAAAUCACACCAACUUACAAUCAGUAGAGAAGAAAUAAUAGAUGUCGCAGAUUCACUAUCCUCUUCUAUACUACAAAUUGGUCUACUGGUACCUCAAACACAAAAUUAUUCGUCUUUGCUUCUCGAAAAUAGCUACUAUUUUAUUCAUCGAAGUUUUCAAGAAUAUCUCUGUGCUCGUUAUAUGAUCAAGGUGUUAGAAUCAGAUGGUUUACAUGAGCAAAAAACGGAAGUCAUUCGCUUUAUAAGCCAUGAAAAAUACAAUCGUCGCAUACAGAACGUGUUCCGUCUAUUCUUUGAAUUAGAACGUUCUACAUCUUGUACCAAUCAGUUUUGGUCCAUUGUCGACAGCGAACCACGAGAUCUGCUUGGCCUUCGACAUUGCGCUCGUAUUUUUCAUUGGUUUCCUAAAGGAAGUUCUCGCUUCUCUAAAGAAGACCGAAAGAAUAUCAGGAAAAGAACCACCGAGGUCAUACGCACAUGGAUAUCGAAUCAAGAUCGUUUACCACACGAUACCAGCAACACAUACAUAUUCGAAUCAUUCGCCGAUGCAACAGGUCGUCGAUGCUGGCUGGAUGGAUGGAGACAAGACCUCUUUAUCAAAGAUCCGUUGAAACGACACUAUUUGUUACAUGACUUAUGGUCGAUGGAAAAUAUUAAUGCACUUAAAACAGUUUAUGAUGACAUUUUGGGGAAUUUACAUAAACUGCAUAGUCUUAUUACGACAGGUCCGAACACAAGAAGUCUCAAAUUGCUCAACCUUAAAGACAAUUUAUUCAAUUUGUACACAGCUGAUAAUCAAAUAAAGACACCAGAGUUAUUGAAAAAAGCACAAGAACAAACCAGAAAACACGAGUCGGUUACUACUGUAAUUGAAUUUCAAGCUCUGUUAGAAAACUAUCAAUCUUUCGCGAAUUUAAAUCGUCAAUCAAUGGCACUCGGUUCGAUCAUUUGGAGUUUGAACGUCGAUCCAUCUGCGUUGAUCAAUGUCAAUAAUGAUAUGUUAGUUCGCCUUUUACACAUAAUUCAAAAAGAUGAACUCUUUUUUCGCUACUUUAAACUACCAACGAUUCAUUUUCUUCGGCUCUAUGCAACUCAAAACAACUUAAAUGAAGACAUUCUCUGUUCACUCAUUGUUUUAUGUGCAGCAUCAAGUGAUUGCAUCUUUACUGCGCUAUCUGGUCGAAAAAAACUUAUUCGAAUAUUUGAAAAUGACAUAUUCACUGAUAUCGAAAUGGAUGAAUGUCGACUAAUUCGACUCCUCAACGAAUUUGAUAAAGCUCGUAAUGUGUAUGGAUAUUCGUCUUUUUNAAUCUUUCCUCUUCUGCAUCGGCCCUCUCGUUCAAGGUGA